GAAAUGGCUAAACUCCUCAUGCUGUGCACGAUGGUUGCGGCGUGCCUCACACUUGCCGCCGCCGACUGGUCUCCCGGCACCGCCACAUUCUACGGAGGCGCCGACGGCUCCAGCACCAUGGGAGGCGCGUGCGGGUACGACAACCUGUACAACGCCGGGUACGGCGUGCUCAACGCGGCGGUGAGCCAGACGCUCUUCAACGACGGCGCGUCCUGCAGCCAGUGCUACCUCAUCACCUGCGACGGCUCACGCCCGGGCGGCGAGUACUGCAAGCUCAGCAAUUGCAUCACCGUCUCGGCCACCAACUUGUGCCCGCCCAACUACGCGCUCCCCAACGGCGGCUGUUGCGGCCCGGGGCGCCCCCACUUCGACAUGUUGCAGCCGGCGUGGGAGCACAUCGGCGUCUACCAGGCCGGCGUUGUCCCGGUCCUCUACCAGCGGGUGCAGUGCUCGCGCAGCGGCGGCGUGCGCUUCAGCAUGGCCGGCUCCAACUACUUCCUGCUCGUCAACAUCCAGAACCUCGGUGGCAGCGGCUCCGUGGCGGCAGCAUGGGUCAAGGGCGACAACACGGGGUGGAUCCAGAUGUCCAAGAACUGGGGAGCCAACUGGCAGGCGCUCGCCGGGCUUGUCGGCCAAGGGCUCAGCUUCGCCGUGACCAGCACCGGUGGGCAGUACAUUCAGUUCCUCAACGUCGUGCCGGCGUGGUGGCAGUUCGGCAUGGCCUUCUCCACCAACCAGAACUUCGUCUACUAGCUAAAAAAACAUGCCAGUGUUGGAGUUGUCGAUGUCCUUCGCCUUUUGUUGCGGUUCACUCGAAACAGUGACUGCGUGCU